CUUCGGAAUGAUCGCCUCACCUGGAGCGGCGGUAGGGACAGGUGAGGGUCUCCCCGCCGGCCCAGCAUGCAUUGCGCGGAAAGACCCCCCCCCCACCUCCACCCCGAGGGAGAAAGGGAGGCGAUGUGGAAGCGGAGCCUGGUGGUUUCCGCCCCGGGGAAGGUGAUCCUGCACGGCGAGCAUGCCGUGGUGCACGGGAAGGUGGCUCUGGCGACUGCCCUGGACUUGCGAACUUUCCUUCGGAUGACUCCGCGCCAGGAUGGGAAGCUCUCCCUGCAGUUGCCUAACCUCGGGAGCAGAUCGAGCUGGGAGGCUGCUGAGCUCCAGCCCCUGCUGGCAGCGCUUUCAGCUGAACUAUCUGAAGCGCAGCCGCCCAGCACCGAACAAGUGGAGAAGCUGAAAGCGUUUGCGGGGGGCGAUAACGGACACGAAGCAGUCCAGACUGUAGCUGCUGCAGCCUUUCUUUAUUUGUACUUAUCUGUGGCAUCUAAAUAUGGGGUUCUGCCAUCUGUCGACAUCUUGGUCUGGUCUGAGCUGCCCACCGGCGCUGGGUUAGGCUCCAGUGCAGCGUACUCGGUCUGCCUGGCAGGGGCCUUGCUUUCUGGAAGCGGCGCCAUCAGCUACCCUCUACAGGAGGGCCAAGAAGUAGCUAGAUGGACCGAGGAGGAGCUGGACAUGAUCAACAGAUUGGCCUUCCGAGGAGAGCAAGUGAUCCACGGGAAUCCUUCUGGAGUGGACAAUGCUGUGAGCACAUGGGGUGGAGCCUUGCGGUAUAUUUCAGGAAAAAUCUCUGCACUGAAAAGGGUGCCCACUUUACGGAUUUUACUGACUAACAGUAAAGUUCCACGCAGCACCAAGAUCCUGGUUGUGGGGGUUAAAGACAAGCUCCUAAAGUUUCCCACUAUCAUGGAGCCUAUGCUCACUUCCAUAGACGCAAUUUCUCGGGAAUGUGAAGGUAUUCUUGAGGCAAUGACUGAAGAGCCAUUGCAGGAACACUACUCCAGGCUGGAGGACUUGGUGGACAUCAACCAGCAUCUCCUCAAUGGCAUCGGGGUUGGCCACUCCCUGCUGGACCGCAUCUGCCAGGUCACUUCCUCCCAUGGGCUGCAUAGCAAACUGACCGGGGCUGGGGGAGGCGGCUGCGCCAUCACUUUGCUGCGACCAGGCACCGCUCCUUCGGCAGUGGAAGGCGCCAUCCGAGACCUGACCCGCUGCGGGUUUGAGUGCUGGGAGACGGUCAUUGGGGCGCCUGGCGUGAGCGCACACAGCCUGCCGGGCCUGAAAGUGGAAGCGCAGAAGGCUUUGACGGGCAGCUGACGGUGGCCAUGAAGACCGAGUCUUCCUCCGCCUGGGACCUGCCCUGACUUGGAGGGGACAUCCAGGCGACAUCCAAGGCGGCCUGGCGGGACUCGGCUGGUCAGUUUGGGAAGGGGGCAGGUCUACUCUGCGGGAGUGGGGGCUGCAGAAGCACCAGGGGGCCGAGGGGCAGGUAGCCGUGGUCUUCCUAGCCCCUCCCCUGCCGUUGACUUGACUCUACUGCUAACAGAGGGGUCUUUGGGCACACUUGUGUAAAUCCUUCCUUGCACCUUUUGCACACUGCCAGGUCUCCUGAACUCGCUCCUUAGCGGCUUUCCCAUAAUACCAAGCUCCUCUUAGCCCUCCCCCCAAUUGACGAGGCCUGGCAAGUUUGCUUUGGGAAUGUGAGCUAUUAACUGUCUCUCUUCUGAUUUGCCUCUAAUUUUUAAUGCUGCCUGGGAAAUAUUCCGAACAGGGCAUUGUUGCGUUCCCUGGCCUGUGGGUGGGUGGGGGUGCAGGUUCCCCCGUUAAUGAGGUGCUCAGUGGCUUGAAAGCAAACGGAAAAGGUGGCUUUUAAAUCGCCUUGUAACAGGCAUGUUUCUCUCAGGGCUGGGUUUUUUUUCCUUAAUUGUAUUUGGUCAGUUAAUCAACUGGAGCCUUGGGCCCCAAUGGGGUUGCCAGGGAUGCCCUUUUCGGGGUUCUGAAUAAAGGCUGGUUUUAAAGAUGGCUCUUCUGACCACAGCUUUUGUGUCGGGGCUUCCUUCAGUCCUGGGCUGCAGGGUCUUCCCAGCAACAGCCACUGUGGGGGGUCCUGCAACUGCUCUGAGCGAGGUUUCUCAGUGGGCGCAGAUCCUUUUCUGAACAGCAGAGGGCGUCAGAGACCGACUUACUGUGGGAGCUGCAGUUGGGGGGCUCUCUUGAUUUUGGGUGGUGGGUGAGGGCAGCUCCUCCCCAUGGCCAACAGGGUCCCACCCCUGAAGCAGAGACCGGCCAGCUGGCUGGGAGGGUCUCCGCUGGUUCUCUCGGGCAGGGAAGUGACUGUUCUUGCAGCUCGGCAGGGCCAGUUUUUCUCAAGCGUCACUCUUCACCUGGGGAGCUUUGCGGAGGGAAGACUCGCGAUUCUCCCCAUUGGUUCCUAAUGGCCAGAGCAGCCCAGAAAGGCGGGAGAGCAAAAGGACCGUGAAGGAGCAGCGGAGAGCCGGCCUCACCUCCGGGAGGGAAACGCUGGCAGAGCCAGGCCGGGUUUGGCACUCCCUGGCAGAGAUCAAUUGUGCAGGGAUGUAGGAAUGUGGAUCAGUGAGACCAUCUGCUCUGGAAAGCUAAACAGGUGCACUUAAAGGGCUGAAAGCCUUCUACUCUCCGGUCGGUCUCUUCUGGACCGGCAGGUUGCCCAGCGCUCCGAGGCCAGCAGCCGGGAAGAGAAGCCAAAGCAUUGCCAUUAACCGUGAGGCUAUUUAUACCCUUCCCAAUGAUUUGCUCAGCUACUUUAAAAAUGCAUAACCUUCCUUUCGGUUUAAAGGUAAUUUUCAGCUACGUGCCAAUAAAAGCAUCAAAAGUGUAAAAAAAAAAAUGUUGACCCUGUAGCACUGAAUAAUUGAGCAACAGGCUGGUAAAGAGAGUUGUAUUAAAAUCAGUCUUAACUCUUAAUGAACAAGCUGGGCAAAUGACGUUGUUUUUACAUAACCUGUGAAACCAUGCUCCACUGCCAAGAGGAUGGGGGAGCAGUCUUCCUCCUCCGGCAUAAGCUGGCUGGACUGGGGGGGGGGGCGCAGCCCAUCUGGUUGUACCGGCUGAGUUGUUUUCUGUCCUGCUGGGACUCAGACCAGAGCAGCCCGGCACAGGGGUGCUGCUCUGCUCCUCGUCCUGCCCCUUCUUGGGGUCGGUUUCUAGCAACCUUUGGGGGCCCUUCCUGCCUUGGGCCUCACCGCAGCACCCUCCCUACCCUUUCAACCCUGGUGGGGGGGUCCCUUCUGCCUUCCCCCGAAGUGGCAGGUGUGGGAGAGCCAGGCUGGGCAGCGCAGAUGGUUUUAUGCUCAACGUCAGCAGCGGCUGCUUUCCGCUCGGUUGAAUAGAUGCUUGGGAGACAAUGGCGUUGGGGAGAUAAGAGGAGAAAAAAGGGGUCAGGAUAGAAAAUGUCAAAGCAGGAACUGAAAAGCAGGCCGCUCUCUAAGAUCCGAGGGAGGCUGGCCGAGAGAGUGUGGCCCCCUCCCAAAGCAGCAGUUUGUUCUCUAUUUCUUAAUCCUGCUUUGGGGGGGGGAGGGAAAACGGCCCCAUCAGUGGAAAACAAUGUCUGGGCUGACACUUUGCAUCAAGCCUUAAUUGCCUGACUUUGUACACACACUUAAGCCACAAUUUACAAGCUGCAGUGGCUGGUUCACUGUCUACCCUCUGAGCCAAAGCCCACCCAGCUACUUAGGGCUUAGCUUUGAGAGUUGGUCAGGAUUUUCCACCGCGGAGCAGAACAGAAAUGGGUCACCCUCACCCAAAACUCACUUCUGGAACCCUUCUAGGGGGCCUGAUCCACCUGGUCCCCAGAGUGGAAGGACCUGCGACUCUUAACUUUAAGAGUGUGAAAUUUUGGUCAGAGCCAAGUUAAUAAAGAUCAGCUCUAGGACAAGGUGCCCUCUAAAACAGCUGGGCACGGUCCCGGGAGAUGACUUGCCAUUUACUCCCUUGUCAGAGUGUUUCCUUCAAGGGCCAAGAUCCGGCAAAGGAGGAAAGGCCACAUUACAGGAUCCAAGUCUCUGCCCCCCCCCCACCACAGGGAGCCUCCCUUAGAUGGAGCCCCUGGGUCUGGGAAGCCCACCCUCCGCCCCAGAUGACCUCAAAGCUCUCCAGGGGGGAAGAAGCCACGUGGCCCAGUUGUCCACCAGGGUCUUGCCCAGAUGCCUGGAAUUAGCUGUGCCGCCUUGAGGUGCAGUGAGAGCAGAAUUGGGUGUCAUCAGGCAGCACCGCCAAUAAUUGUUGAGGGUGUGUAAAUGUUUGCUGAGAGCCUGUGAAUUUCUGCAUCUUUUUGACAAGGGGACCGCUUUGGGCAGACGCUCACUCUACAGUUGGGGGGGUGAGAUGGGCCUGGCCUUCCUUCACCCAGCGUGGAAGGGCACCCGUGGCAGCCUGUUACUCCGUGAUGGAUUUAAGGCAUGAAUCCCCUCCCAGGAGCCCCCCAUGGCACCGUGAAGGUUUUGAAAGUUAAGUAUUACUGUCGGCUUUGUUGUUGCCGAACUACGACAGACAAAUUGAGAACUAGUUGUCAAAAUGUCAGUGCACAACAAAUCAACAUUCAAAAUGAGUCUCGGUGCAAUGUGGUGUGUAAUUAAAAAAAAAUCCUUUUUAGAAAUUUCGGCAAGCAUUGGCUUGGCUUUAUAUUUGUCUGUGUGAUUAAUAAAGGCAGCUAAUUUUCAGACUUUAAAAACCGCUAGAAAAUAGCUCCUAAUUACAUAUUAGGCUCCGAACGUUCCCCGCUGUGCUCGGCUGGUAUUGGUGGGCCAGGGAUUUUGGCAGGGGCUUAAUUACAUUCUGAGAGCUUCAUCUAAUUUUAGUUAAACGUAAUGUAAUCAGCAGCAGAUGUCUUGAAAUAAAAUAUGAAUUAUGAA